ACAGAUUUAAUCGCAAUCAUUGACGUUUCAAUUAAAAAACCAAAACUGCCAUUUACGAUUUAUUUCCCAAAAUUGUCUAUAAUUUUUUCACUUAAAAUAUAACUUAAGUAGUGAAGCUAUGGGUGAAGUGUCUUUAGAAACAUCGGCUUACGCCAAAAUUAUACUACACGCUGCAAAGUACCCACAUUGUGCUGUGAACGGGGUACUCCUUGCGGACGGGUCCAAAGUAAAAUCUGGGAAUAAAAAUCAGGAGCUGGAUAUCGUGGAUUCCAUACCAUUGUUCCACCAUAGCCAUUACGUGUCCCCUAUGGCGGAAAUUGCUUUGACUCAGAUAGAAUUACAGGCACAGUCAGAUAAUAGAGUGAUAGCAGGUUACUAUGCAGCCUGUGAGAACUUCAGAGACAAUACAGUGGAGAAAUGCCCAGGGCAGAAGAUUGCUGAAAAGAUAGUUGAAUAUUUCCCUUCUGCUGUGUUCAUAGUGGUGGACAAUAAGAGGAUGGUACAGCACCUCGACACUCCAGCCAUCAAGAUACAUAAGUAUAGCGAAGGAAAAUGGAAGCCCAAAGAUGCUAACAAGGUGCUAUUCCAGACUCCAUACGUACUUGAGACAGUGUCUCAUUUACUGCAAAGGCGGGUUCAAAAGGACCUGGUAGACUUUGACAACUACCUGGAUGACUCCACACAAGAUUGGUCUAACUUAGGCAUUGAGAAACUCAUUGCUAGUAUAAAUGCUUCGAAUACCAUUGAGAAGGAGAAAGAUUCUGAAUAAAGUACCAAUCUCUGGGCAUUACCCAGAAGACCUAUACUUCGGGAUUUAAAAAACUCUUAUUUUCAAACAGUUUGUAAGAUGAACAAAUACAGGGGGUUUUUGAUCAUCUUAUAAUCUGUUUGCAAUACUAUUAAAAUACUUAGUAUAACAUUAGAAUAGUUUGCAGUGUUCUCACACUCAAACACACAAAACUCUGAUGACUAUUCCGAAGGGGAAGUCAAUUUAACUGAUAAUAAUUCAAAAGAUAAUUUUUCAUCAACCACCUUUCUGGGACUGCAAGAGAUUUUUAUACUUCUGCCACAUAAGGUGAGCUUACAUUUACUUUAAAUGGCAGUUUAACUAGACAAAUGAGAAUUUGAAUGGGUUAUGCAAUUAUCACAUUUAAUUAAGUUUGAUUAUAUUUUGGUGGUUUAAUCUGUUUUUAAGUAUGGAGAAGGAUUCCAAAAUUUUCCUAUACUAUAUUAUUUAAGUAUGGUUUCAAUGAAAUAUAUUUUCACUUCGCGAAGAUCGCCUAUUAGUAAAUUUUUUUUACGUACAUACAAAAUAACAGGUUGAUUUAUUUGUUUUUGAAAACGCGAUACUUUUAUCGUGUUGCCCUUUUUUUCGAAUAUGACCAGAGCUUCUUCAGGGGUUUCUGACGCAUCAAAUUAUACAAUUUUAUUUUAUUUUCAUAUUCUUUAUUUAGUGUUCCUUUUUAAAUAAUGAUUGCUGGUGUAAGGCGAAGUUUUAAGAUUCCAUUGAAGGCGUAUAUAAAUCUAUGAAUACGAAUUGUAAGAGAAAAUGUUAUUAAUAUUAUUUUAACCUAAUUUAU